AUGCCGCACUCCGUUCCAGUGCCCCCGACGGGGUUCCAAGCGCUCAUCCUUUGCGGGCCGGGAGUUUCUCUUAACACCUUCACUUCGAAUCCGGAGGAGUUUCCGAAAGCCCUUAUUCCUAUCGCAAACCGUCCUAUGGUAUGGUACCCGUUGGACUGGUGCUAUCGCAUGGGUAUCACUAAUAUUACUCUCAUCACCCCUCCUCCCAGUCAAGCCCCUCUCGAGGCUGCGUUAUCACAAAACCCUCACCUUACGUCUCUUCCAUCGCCGUCUCCCUCCAUUCUCGCACCUGCCGACUUGACUUUGACAACGGGUACCGCUGAACUGCUACGUCUUCCCGAAGUUCAAGCAUGUAUCAAAUCGGACUUUCUUCUCCUACCGUGCGAUCUGAUAUGUGACAUUCCAGGCGAAUCCCUUCUCGAAGCAUGGAUGGUAUUGCAGAGCGCCCUGGGUGGCUCAACACUUGCUGGAGGGUGGAACACAAACGGACCUAAGACGAUAGGCAUGGGUGGUGAAGCAGGAGGACGCCGUGGCGGUCUGGCGGUAUAUUAUCAGACGAAGGGAAGAGAGGAAAGCGUGAAGGGAGAAGUGACUGACUUUGUCGCUACCGCGUGUCUUGAACAAGACGAAGCCCCUGCGGUUUCCCAUCCCACAGACGGACCAGCUGCGAUACGAUAUGGGCUUUCUAAGUUGGUACUUUCAAUGCCAAUGGACACGGUUAAGGAGAAGAUGGAAGAGGACAAGGGACUGCUUAUCCGCCACUCGCUUGUGAAGAAGCAUGCGCAAGUGAAGAUGCUUACCAGCUAUCGCGACGCGCAUAUCUAUGUAUUCCCUUAUUGGGUCAAGGAAAUGGCACGACUGAACGAAAAGUUUGAGAGCGUUAGUGAAGACCUCGUGGGGUGGUGGGCGAAGGCAGGCUGGCAAACUGGGUUAGCAGAAAAGCUCCGAUUGAGCGAGAUAUUCCGAAAGAGCCGAAGCGUCGGCGAGAGUGGAAGCAUGGAUGACGAAUCGCUCGAAGAGGAGAUUGACAUCCACGCCAUGAGCACCACAAAGACUGGUGCCGGGAAUUCACACAACACAUCAGCGUCUGAACCUCCGGCUGAAUUCCAAUUCGCCUCGCGGGUCCGAAGCUUAGGCCCUGACUCUGAUAUUGAGCCGCCGCAAAAAGAAAAACUCACCACUCCCCCGGUACUGGCUUACAUGCAUUCGUCCCUGUCCUCUGCACCUCUUAUCAGGCGCGUCGAUGCCUCGCCCCUUCUUCUUUCCGUAUCGCUCCGCCUUGCGAAGCUCGAGUCCAUCGAAGAAGUCGGCAAAGUAGCCGCCUCUCCGUUUGCACACAAUCAAAAGGUGGCCUAUCCUGCGGGUGUCGCUCAACGUUGUACAGUGACAAAGUCCGACUGCCUCCUUGCCGACAACGUCACCGUGGAGGAAAAGUGCGUGAUUAAGGAGAGUGUCAUUGGGGUUGGGUGCCAUAUUGCCAGCGGAGCCAGGUUAACCCGCUGCCUAGUCAUGGAUGGAGCAGUUAUCGGUGAACGCUGCCAGCUGACUGGAUGCAUUAUCGGACGCCGCAGCCAAGUCGGGCGCGAGUGCGUUUUAAAGGACUGCGAAGUUCAGGAUGGCCAUGGUGUUGAAGAGCAGACUGACGCCAAAAACGAAAAGUUUAUGCGUUUUGAAGGAUUAGACGAAGACGCUGAUGAUAUGGAUAUUUCUGAAGACAUUGGAGACGACGGUAGCGAUCUGGGUUUUUGA